CUUAGGGCUGACUGCCUGUCUGUCUGUCCCUCCCUCACUCCAAUUGGAUAAGGCCACACCGGUCCGGUGGCCAAUCGAUGGCUUUUGUGGCGAGGUAUAAGUAAGACUCUCGAGGUGGCCAGCGGCUCAUUCAGACUUUCUGUGACAUACUGAAGCUACCAAUAUGAGCGGAAGAGGCAAAACCGGAGGCAAGGCCAGGGCGAAGGCAAAGACACGUUCAUCCCGUGCCGGGCUCCAGUUCCCCGUGGGCCGUGUGCACAGGCUGCUGCGUAAAGGCAACUACGCCGAGCGUGUGGGCGCUGGCGCACCAGUGUACCUGGCCGCAGUGCUCGAGUACCUGACUGCUGAGAUCCUGGAGUUGGCCGGAAACGCUGCCCGUGACAACAAGAAGACUCGUAUCAUCCCCCGUCACCUGCAGCUGGCAGUCCGUAACGACGAGGAGCUGAACAAACUGCUUGGCGGCGUGACCAUCGCGCAGGGUGGUGUUCUGCCCAACAUCCAGGCAGUGCUGCUCCCCAAGAAGACUGAGAAGGCCGUCAAAGCCAAGUAAAAUCGCUGGUGCGGCUGCAACUUGACUACUCAACCCCCAAAGGCUCUUUUAAGAGCCAACCA